UCUUAUCAAAUCGAGCUUUCAUACAGAUCGACCUAAGUUAAUUUUGAUUGGUCGACUCCUUUUUUCCUUUAUAGCUAUCAGAUGAAGAUAGUAAGUACUAUAGACUUUUUGCCUCUUAAUUUGCUCUUAUUAUUUGUAAAUUCUUUCCCUAUUGGAUAUUUAACACUAAUUAGAUGUUCAACAUGGUGAUACUUUGCAUCUGGUUUGCACCGCCCCAGGCAAGUCAUCCAGUGCUAGUUCAUCCGGCCGCCCAGGUGCUAGCCAUAGCACGGGUACUGAAGGAAUCUCACCCGGUACUCAAUGGUUAAGUGAUGCAGUUAUGCUAUCUUUUAAAGUGUUAAUAGUAUUUUCUUGAGAUUUGUAAUUUAGCUAACAUUCUGGUUGUUGUAGGAAAUCUCUGCCGCCAUAGAAACUUUGUCGCAAUAUCUCAAUAAUAUGAGACAAGAAUAUAAUGUAAAUGGAAUAGAGAACAAUAUGAAUGAGGUACUCGAAAGUGCAUCCAAUCCAUCCGCUCCAUCACAAGGAAAUCCAGUGGGUGAACAAUUAGCAAGACUGUUGUCGUCCACUAGGGAUAUGCUUAUAAACCAAACUUCACGUUUCUUUCUUGAAUUGGAAGGGGAUCUGCGCCAAAAUCUAAAUUUGGAUGAUCCGCACGUGCGCCACAGAACCGAGUCUAAUGCACACAGAAACAGAUCACUUUUAGACAAUCUAAGUGCAUAUUUUCACGAACUUGGUCGUGUAAUGAUGCAAGUCCAAGUGGGUGAAAAUGGGGACGAAGGUUCAAGGCUGCUCCCAACAGCACCACGUGAGACACUUAAUGUUGAAGACAUGACUAGCAAUUUUCGAACUCUAGCUUCUCGUCAUCCACGUGAGCAAGCUAGGGCUGACAUUAGUCAGCGGAUCAAUUCUGAACUUACAAAUGAGAAUGGACAACCAGCACCCAGUUACACUAUACGUGGAAUCAUUUUCACCUCAUACCCUAUGAUACCAACAAUGCCAUCAUCUGAUCAACGGGAAGCCCGGGUGCCACGUCCAAACAACGAAGAAUUAACACAGGAAGUUACUGAAAUGUUAAGAGAUAUAUUAUUCAAUGGUGGACUUCAAGUAGGAGAAGAUGCUACAGAUGAGGAAAUUGAGGACUCAGCGGAAGGUUCAUCUUCUGGACCUACAAGUGAUCAUGAAUCAGCUGAUGAAUCUGAUAAUGAAGAUGUUAGGACCACUGAAAGCCCGUCACCUGCAACACAAUGAAGGGUAUUAUUUUUGUAAAAUUCAAGUUUCGUUCCUUUCUGUUAUGCUGGUGGUCUAGCUCUUCAAUCCUCUCUAGAUAACACAUUUUCCUGUUAUUUAUCCUUUUCAUUGAUAAUCGCACUUCGGAGAG